ACCACACACACGUGGCAAGGCAACGCCUGUAUCAUUCCUUCUCCCUUAAAGAGAAGGGCCUUUAUUCAAUUAUUUACAACCAAAUUGACAUUACACAAUUAACAGAAAAAUUCAGGAAACCUCCGCUCCAUGUCCUUGGAAUCCCUCCAGGAUGCAUCCUCUACAUUCUGCCCUUCCCAUUGCACUAGGUAUAACCGAAACACGAGGCAGGGUGUGGCAGAAAAAGUGCUUGCUCUCAAGAAAAGAUUGUCUGCAGGAGAGUUCAGUGUCCUUUCUGAAAUCAGAAAAACAGUUUUAGAACUUUCUGCCCCAUCUGAACUGGUCAAUGAACUCAAAGACAAGAUGCAAAGGUCAUGUAUGCCGUGGCCUGGUGAUGAAAGUCUUAAGAGGUGGGAACAAGCUUGGACCGCAAUAAAAAAGGUGUGGGCUUCAAAGUGGAAUGAGAGAGCAUAUCUUAGCACAAGAAAAGUGAAAAUAGACCAUGAUUGUCUUUGUAUGGCUGUACUUGUUCAAGAGAUAAUAAAUGCGGACUAUGCAUUUGUUAUCCAUACAACUAACCCAUCCUCUGGAGAUUCAUCUGAGAUAUAUGCUGAGGUUGUCAAAGGCCUAGGUGAAACGUUGGUUGGGGCUUACCCAGGCCGUGCCAUGAGUUUUACCUGCAAAAAGAAUGACCUCAGCUCUCCUCAGGUGCUAGGCUACCCAAGCAAAGCCACUGGACUUUUCAUAAGGUCAUCAUCUAUUAUCUUCCGCUCAGACUCAAAUGGUGAAGAUUUAGAAGGUUAUGCUGGGGCAGGGCUUUAUGAUAGCGUGCCAAUUGAUGAACCGGAGAGAGUCGUACUCGAUUACACCGACGAUCCAUUGAUAAUGGAUGUUGAUUUCCGCCAAUCGGUGCUCUCUAAAAUUGCGAGUGCUGGGAGUGUGAUUGAGGAGCUGUGUGGAUGUGCUCAAGACAUUGAAGGUGUUGUGAAGGAUGGACAGGUUUAUGUUGUUCAGACAAGACCUCAGAUGUGAUCUCCCCACUCAACAACACUCGUGCUGUGUGCAACUGCAAUAACAUUAAGGUUGUUAACAUGGGCUUGCAUUUCUUGUUGAAAAAAAAGGUACACUUUUGUUUGUAAUGCAACAAACAAUUUCAUAUGCCCACAGCUAAGACCACAUUAUAAAAGUCUACAUCUCUUUUUUUUUCUUUCUUUCUACAAUUAAAAUUGUAAGAGUUGU